UCGGGCGGACUCGGUUUUCCUCGUAGCGGCGCGGGCGCUUCCGGCGGGGCCGGGCGGCGGCUGCGAGGGGCGCGGGCCGGGAUGGAGGCCGUGCCCCGAAUGCCCAUGAUCUGGCUCGACCUCAAGGAGGCCGGAGAGUUCGCCUUCAACGGAGCCGUCAAGAAGUUUGUCCUCAAGAACUAUGGAGAGAACCCAGAGAACUACAACGAGGAGCUACGGAAGCUGGAGCUGCUCCGGCAGAGUGCCGUCAACGUACCGCGAGACUUCGAGGGCUGCAGUACCCUCCGGAAAUACUUCGGCCAACUCCACUACCUCCAGAGCCGCAUCCCCAUGGGCGCCGAGCAGGAGGCGGCCGUACCCAUCGCGUGGACCGAGAUCUUCUCCGGGAAGACAGUGACCCAUGAGGACAUCAAGUACGAGCAGGCGUGCAUCCUCUACAACCUGGGUGCGCUGCACUCCAUGCUGGGCGCUAUGGACAAGAGAGUAUCCGAGGAGGGCAUGAAGGUCUCCUGCACUCAUUUCCAAUGCGCCGCCGGAGCGUUUACCUACUUGCGAGAUCACUUCCCUCACUCCUACAGCGUAGACAUGAGCCACCAGAUCCUCAACCUCAACAUCAACCUCAUGCUGGGCCAAGCGCAGGAAUGUCUCCUGGAAAAGUCCAUGCUGGACAAUAGGAAGAGUUUCCUCGUGGCCCGGAUCAGCGCUCAGGUGGUGGAUUACUACAAAGAAGCCUGCCGGGCGCUGGAAAACACGGAGACGGCCUCGCUGCUGGGAAAGAUCCAGAAGGAUUGGAAGAAGUUGGUUCAGAUGAAGAUCUAUUAUUUCGCUGCUGUGGCCCACCUCCACAUGGGAAAACAGGCUGAGGAGCAGCAGAAGUUUGGGGAGAGGGUCAUCUACUUCCAGAGCGCUCUGGAUAAGCUCAACGAAGCCAUCAAGCUGGCGAAGGGUCAGCCGGAAACUGUCCAGGAAGCCCUGAGAUUCACCAUGGAUGUCAUCGGUGGCAAGUACAACUCGGCCAAGAAGGACAACGACUUCAUCUACCACGAAGCUGUGCCCGCGCUGGACACCCUGCAGGCCGUGAAAGGUGCCCCCUUGGUGAAGGCCCUUCCCGUCAAUCCCACGGAUCCGGCUGUCACCGGUCCCGAUAUAUUUGCCAAACUGGUGCCGAUGGCCGCCCACGAGGCCUCUUCUUUGUACAGCGAGGAGAAAGCGAAGCUGCUGAGAGAUGUGAUGGCCAAGAUCGAAGCCAAGAACGAAGUCUUGGACCAAUUCAUGGACUCCAUGCAGUUGGAUCCGGAGACCGUGGACAACCUGGAGAUGUACGACCACAUCCCUUCCAUCCUGAUGGAGAAAUGCGCCGCUCUCAGCGUACGUCCGGACACCGUCAAGAACCUCGUUCAGUCCAUGCAAGUCCUCUCCGGGGUCUUCACCGACGUUGAAGCUUCCUUGAAGGAAAUCCGAGACCUUCUUGAAGAGGACGAAGCUGAGGAACGGAAGCUUCAGGAGCUACUUGGGAAGAUCCCCCCAGGCCAAGGUUCUCCACCACCACCACCAUCUCCAUCGCCGGCGUUGGCCGAGGUCAGCAAGGAGUGCUCCAAGUACCUGGAGGUGCACGAGAAGGCCAGCUUCACCAACACCGAGCUCCACAAGGCCAUGAACCUCCACAUCGGUAACCUCCGCCUGCUCAGCGGUCCUCUGGAGGAGGUCCGCGCCGCUCUACCGUCGCCCUCCUUGACGGAAGAUGACAAACAGGUUCUGCAGAACCUGAAGCGAAUCCUGGCCAAGGUGCAGGAGAUGAGGGACCAACGGAUGUCCUUAGAGCAGCAGCUGCGGGAGAUGAUCCAAAAGGACGAUAUCACCACCUCCUUGGUCACCACCGACCGCUCGGAGAUGAAGAACCUCUUUGAGGAGCAGCUGAAGAAGUACGACCAACUCAAGGUGUACCUGGAGCAGAACUUGGCCGCCCAGGAGAACAUCCUGAAGGCCCUCACGGACGCCAACGUCAAAUACGCGGCCGUGCGCAAGGCCUUGGCCGAGGUGGAGCACAAGUGGAACACCACCGUCCAGACUUUGGUGGCCUCCUACGAAGCCUACGAGGAUCUGAUGAAGAAAUCCCAAGAGGGGAAGGACUUCUACACGGACCUGGAAGGGAAAGCAACCAAACUGUUGGAGAAGGCCCGGAGCGCGUGUCAAGCGGCCGAGGCCACCAGGCAGCAGAUCCUGGAGAAAGAGCUGAAGAAACCGCCUCCUCCUCGGCCCACGGCUCCCAAACCCUCUCUUCCUCCGAAGCCUUCGCAAUCGGAAGCGGCGCUUCCGGACUCUACGGAUUUACCGCCUUUGGCUUCGUUGGUGUUACCGGAAUUGCCGGAAGAGCUCCGCCCUUUACCCACGGACCUCUUCUCCGCUCCCCAUUCCCGUUUGCCGCCGCCGUUGAGCGCCGUCGCCGCCGCAUUCCGUCCUCCGGAGCCCUUCGUCGCCCUUCCCGUUCCGCCCUUCGCCGCUUCCCGUUUCCCGGCGUCGCCGCCGCUUCCCUCUCCGUACCUUCCGCCGCCUCUCGUGCCGCCAUCGGCUCCUCAACCGCCAUCGCUUCCUCCCGCCGCGCUCUUCCCGCCGGCUCCGACGCAUCCCGGCGCUUCCCCGCCCUUCGCCGCCGCCGUAGCGCCACCGCCGCCGCAAAACAUGGCGGCACCGCUGCAUCCGCCGCCCAUCGGCGCUCGCUUGGUCGCCGAAUCUUCACCGCGGCCGCCCACCACCACCACCGCCGCGGACAGUAUUCCCGCUCCCAUCCCCACCGGCCCGGCUCCUCCGCCGGCGUUUUUGGCAGCGCCGCCGCCGCCGCGUCCGCCGUUUCCCUUCGGCCGUACCGCGCUGCCGCCCUUCGCGCAGGUACCCCCGCGGCAUUUUGCUUUCGGCGGCGCCGCAGCGCCGCUCCGCCGCGGCGUGGAGCUCCCGGCGCACACCCAACCCUUCCUGGCGGCGCCCUUCCUGGCGCCGGCGAGAGCCGCGCUGCCCUUCCAGCCUCAGUUUCCCCAGCAAGGCUUUACGCCGCCGCUCUACCACCUCCCGGCGCAGGAUAAAGCGAUGCCGCCUGCGGUGUCCGUUUCCUUCCCGGCUGCUCCCGGCGGAGCGGCGGUAUCCGGCAACUCACCGGCGUUGCCUUUCGGCGCCGCCGCGGCGGUGCUGAGCCCGACUCCCACCAACCCAAACGCUCCUCACCGCCUCCCUCCCUCUGCCAACUCCGCUUUGAACCAAAUCGCCGGCGCUGUGGUGGUCCACGGAGCUCUCGUUCCUUCUCCGGCGCCACCGACGCCGGGCGCUAUGGCACAAAGAGCGGCGGCGUCGGCGCCAUCCGAGCCAUCAUUCCAACGGCAAAGCUCUUCCACCGACGAUCUGCUGUCCUCCAGCCCUGAAAGCCACCACGGCGGCUCCGCGGUGGCCGUAGGACAACCGCUUCUCCAACCCACCAAAGCCGACGGCGCCGACUUGGGCUCCAAAUCCAAAGCCGUUCGGCUCAUCGAAAAGGAUCCCUACGAGAAACCCGAACGGAUCUUGCGGUUAUCGGAAGAGGUGGAACGUUUCCGAGCGGUGGUGGAAAGCUUAGAAGGUCCCGGUGAGUUGGACGUCGUUUGGAAGGAGCUUCAAGAAGCUCAAGACCGAGACGCGCGGCAAUUGUCCAUCGCCGUCGCUCGGUGUUAUUCCCUGAAGAACCGCCACCAGGAGAUAAUGCCGUACGAUCGGAAUCGCGUGGUCCUCUCCAGCGGGAAAGACGAUUAUAUCAACGCCAGUAUGGUGGAAGAGCUCUCGGCGUAUUGUCCGCCCUUCAUCGCCACCCAAGCGCCGCUGGCGGGAACCGCCGCCGAUUUCUGGUUGAUGAUCUACGAGCAGAAAGCGGCCGUGGUGGUCAUGUUGGUGGCGGAGCAGGAGGUGGAGAAGCAGAAGGUACUGCGGUAUUUCCCUUCGGAACGCGGUCAAACCAUGGUUCAAGGACCCAUCAGCCUGGUCCUCACCAGCCUGAAGGUGACACCAACCCACGUGGAGAGGAUGAUCACUCUGCAGUACCGCCAGCAGAGCCUCAAACGCACCGUUGUCCAUCUCCAGUUCACCUCUUGGCCAGAGCUGGGCCUUCCCGACACCAAGGACGCUCUCCUCCGCUUCAUCCACGACGUUCACGGCCAUUAUCUGCACCAACGGCCGCUCCACACACCCAUCGUGGUGCACUGCAGCUCCGGCGUGGGCCGCACCGGGGCGUUCUGCCUGCUCUACGCGGCGGUGCAGGAGGUGGAGGCCGGGAAUGCGCUGCCGGAUCUGCCGCUGCUCGUCAGGCGCCUGCGCCAGCAGCGCAAACACAUGCUGCACGAGAAGCUCCACCUCAAGCUGUGUUUCGAGGCGCUGCUCUUGGCGGCCGAGCAGGUCCUGCAGCGCCACGGCGUCGCCGUCACCGUCACCGGCGCCGCCGCCACUGCCCCGAAAGCCCCAACCAAGGACGCGCAGGACCUGGUCCUGGGUGGCGACGUACCCAUCAGCUCCAUCCAAGCCACCAUCGCUAAGCUCAGCGUCAAACCGGCGAGCGGCGCCGCCGAACCCGCCACGCUCCAACCCCUUCCCACUCCCGAUCCCACCGAGGCGACAUCGGCUCUUCCGGAUGGCGCCGUGGAUGGCGUCGGUAUCCCUGAGCCUUCCCCGCCUCCCCCUGAACCACCGGGUGAUGACGCCGUGAGCAGCGCCGGCGUGAUGGAGACACCCGAGGUGGCCCCGGCGCUUCCCACCGCUCCGUCGUCGUCGUCGUUGGAGCUCUUGGCUUCCCUGACGCCCGAAGCCUUCACCCUGGAUGCGUCCCUCAAGGGGAAACAACGGAUGAACAAACAGAACUUCCUCCAAGCGCAAACGGGAGAAGGGUUACGCGGACCGCGGCCCAGCGACGACCCCCUCAGCCUGCUCGACCCCCUCUGGACGCUCAACAAGACGUGAGGUUCUGAGGGGGGCAGAUUCCCCCCCUAUUUUUGGGGAUGGGACCACCUGGAGGAGCUCUGCGGAACACUGGGAAGAGGGAUCCGUGCCCUCCGCCGCUCUGCUCGGGGUGCGGUGGGUGUUCGCCGCCGCCUUCGACUCCGAAUGGACCUUUUUUGAGCUCUUUGCUACUAAAAAUAAAAGUGAGUUUGAGCUGCGCUCGGAGCCGGUGGUGGGGGAGAAGGGUCGCGAGGUGAAGGCGGAAGGGAAAGCGACUGCCGCGUUCCGGGUUAGUUCCGUUUAAUAGCGCGGUGUCCGUCUCCUCGGAAAGGUUAUAAAACGCGGUCCGGUACAAAAACAAAUGUCCCCUGGACAGAAGAAAAAAAGCCGAGAGCCGGGGGAAGGCCGUCGAGGCUCAGGAGCAUCCAGGGCCUCCAAACGGAGGCCAAAGAGCAUCCAGGGCCUCCCCACAGAGGCCAACGAGCAUCCAGGGCCGCCAAACAGAGGCCCAGGAGCACCCACGGCCUCCAAACGGAGGCCAAGGACCACCCAGGGCCUCCCCACAGAGACCC